UCCAGCUACUGUGCUUCCCGGACAGUAACUGCAAACCAGACGCACGCACACAAAUCAAUCCAGAAUUUAAGGCAACAGAAUAGAAAACUUCCAUUUGCCCUAAAUAGGCCUCCUCCGACGAUUAGACCUCGCCGGCCGAGUCACCAGCCGGACAACCAACUCAUGGAUCGGCUCCCUCUUCCUGGGGGCGGCCCCAGAGCCGCAGCCAAUACCCCUUUCUUCGUCGCGAUGGAUCAGCACGCAGCCUCUACAUCGACUUCACCACCGGAAAAGGCGCCGCCCGCGGCGCCGCUCCCGGCACCAGAACACCGUGGAAAGUCCAGCUGCAACAGGAGAUCAUCUGACACGAUCAAGGCCAAGAUCAUGUCGCACCCUCUCUAUCCGGCUCUCCUAGGAGCCUUCAUAGACUGCCGGAAAGUCGGAGCGCCGCCGGAAAUCGUAGGUCGGCUCUCCUCCCUCGUCGACGAGCUCCAGCCAAGUUCAGAUGACAUGCAGGAACAACCGGCAGACCCAGAGCUCGACCAGUUCAUGGAGACCUACCGUGAUAUGCUGGUGAUGUACAGUCAGGAGCUCACGAGGCAAAUCCAAGAAGCCAACGAGUUCUUGAGGAGUGCUGAGGCCCAUAUCGACUCGUUUGCACUAGCAACUGGCAACAACUACAACGAGUGCGGGGGUUCUUCCGAAGAUGAGCAGGAGACCGGCGACGUCGCCGGCCUGCCUUCCGGCGAGGGCAAGCAGCUGACGAGCCAGCUCCUGGACAAGUACAGCGGCUACCUGAGAAGCCUCUGGAGGGACCUCUCCGGGAAGAAGAAGAAGAGCGGGAGGCUGCCGAGGGAGGCGUGCCAGAGGCUCCUGCACUGGUGGCAGCUGCACCAAGGAUGGCCCUACCCAUCGGAACCGGAGAAGCUGGCGUUGGCGGAGUCGACGGGGCUCGACACGAGGCAGAUCAACAACUGGUUCAUCAACCAGAGGAAGCGGCACUGGAGGCCGGCGCCGCCGGCGAUGGGUAGCAGGUUGCAGCACAUCGACGCCGGUGCUUCCACCAGCAGCUCUCCUGCCGUCCUUGGGAUGGAAGGCCAGCACUUCACCAGACGGAGUGGGUAUCCCGACGGUGGUCCGUUGAGACCCUGAUUAGUGGACAUAUACCAUCGUAUGCCAUAUAUAUACACACGUCCAGACGUGCAUGCGGUAGAUGUGAUUCAUUGCAGAGUGAAGUUCAUGAUGAAGCGUAAAUAAUGUGAUCAACUCAACAAUAAUUUUUCCAACCAUCAAGUUUUUUUUCUUUUGAGAAACUGUAAACCUUUAUUUAGUAUCAAUGGUCAUAGAGAUAUAGAUUAU